ACCAACCUCCAUUUCUGAAAAAUUAUAUUCCAACACUCCAUCAUCGUCGAUUCAAUAUUUUCUCACCUGCCCACCAUGGAUCUCCUCCUCCUGGAGAAGACCCUGCUUGGCCUUUUCGUCGCCGUUGUCGUCGCCAUUGCCGUGUCCAAGCUCCGAGGGAAGAAGUUCAAGCUUCCGCCGGGUCCCCUUCCGGUCCCCGUCUUCGGGAAUUGGCUUCAGGUCGGUGAUGAUCUUAACCACCGGAAUUUGACCGAUUUGGCGAAGAAGUUUGGCGAUGUCCUCUUGCUCCGGAUGGGGCAGAGAAACCUUGUGGUGGUUUCGUCGCCGGAGUUGGCGAAGGAGGUGCUGCACACGCAGGGGGUGGAGUUCGGAUCCAGGACUCGGAAUGUGGUGUUCGACAUCUUCACCGGUAAAGGUCAGGAUAUGGUUUUUACGGUGUACGGGGAGCACUGGAGGAAGAUGCGGCGGAUCAUGACGGUGCCGUUUUUCACGAACAAGGUGGUUCAGCAAUACAGGGAGGGGUGGGAGAAAGAGGCGGCGAGCGUGGUGGAGGACGUGAAGAAGAAUCCUGAGUCGGCCACCAAUGGGAUCGUGCUGAGGAGGCGGUUACAGCUGAUGAUGUACAACAACAUGUACAGAAUCAUGUUCGAUAGAAGGUUCGACAGCGAGGAUGAUCCCCUCUUCCAGAAGCUGAAGGCACUGAACGGAGAGAGGAGUCGUCUGGCUCAGAGCUUUGAGUACAAUUAUGGCGAUUUUAUUCCCAUUCUCAGGCCUUUCUUGCGAGGAUACCUGAGAAUCUGCAAGGAGGUUAAAGAGACGAGGUUGAAACUCUUCAAAGACUACUUCGUUGACGAGAGAAAGAAACUGGCAAGCACCAGGAGUCCGAGCCAUGGGGAACUAAAAUGUGCAAUUGACCACAUCUUGGACGCCCAGAAAAAGGGGGAGAUCAACGAGGACAAUGUCCUGUACAUUGUCGAGAACAUUAACGUUGCCGCAAUCGAGACAACCCUUUGGUCAAUUGAGUGGGGUAUUGCCGAGCUGGUGAACCACCCAGAGAUUCAAAAGAAGCUCCGCGAUGAGAUCGACACCGUACUGGGACCCGGCCACCAGGUGACCGAGCCCGACACCCAGAAGCUCCCGUACCUACAGGCCGUGAUCAAGGAGACCCUUCGCCUGCGAAUGGCCAUCCCACUCCUGGUGCCCCACAUGAACCUCCACGACGCCAAGCUCGGCGGCUACGACAUCCCGGCCGAGAGCAAGAUCCUCGUCAAUGCCUGGUGGCUCGCCAACAACCCUGCUCACUGGAAGAACCCGGAGCAGUUCCGACCCGAGAGAUUCCUUGAGGAGGAAGCUAAGGUCGAGGCUAAUGGCAACGACUUCAGGUACCUUCCUUUUGGUGUUGGCAGGAGAAGCUGCCCUGGAAUUAUACUGGCGUUGCCAAUUCUUGGAAUUACUCUGGGACGUUUGGUUCAGAACUUUGAGCUUUUGCCCCCUCCCGGACAGUCCAAGCUUGACACCACUGAGAAAGGAGGCCAGUUUAGUUUGCACAUAUUGAAGCAUUCCACCAUUGUUGCCAAGCCAAGGUCCUUCUAGAGUUCUAGCUGAAUCAUACACAUGUGAUCCAUCCCGUUGAUUUUUUUUUUCCUUAGUGUAUUUUAUUCAGUUUGGACUUGCUAUAUAUAUAUUGUGGAAUGGUGCAUGGGUUUUAAGAAAUGUUAUUAUAUGGGGCCUGGGAGUGGCGGAAGAUGAAUUUAUGUGGCUGAAUGUGUCAUUGUAAAUCUAGCAUCCCAUAUUGAAAUCAUGGUGCUCAAGAGAUGCAUGGAUUUUGGAAUAAGUCUGCACUUCCUUCCAA